AUGGGGGAGCUGCGCGAGUGGUACGCUCGCCGCUGGAGGCGUGCUGCUGAGUCUGGAGGUGCUGCUGGAGCUGGAGCUGGAGCUUCUUCGACCGUCGAGGGUGCGGGUGCUGCCGGUCCCGGAGCUGCUGGACCUGCGGGUCCUCCUGGAGCUGGAGGUACUGAGGGCGUUGGUGCUGAGCCUACUGCUGUUGGUCCUGCCGCUGGAGGUGUGGGUGGCGCUGGUGCUGUCCCUGAGGGUGCUGGUGCUGUCCCUGCUGAGUCUGGAGCUGCCGCGCGGCCUCGGCCGUACUUCGUUCCGCUCCUACAGCAGGUUCUUGGUCUUUCUCCUUCGGUAGAGUGUCCACAGCCUGUCCAGUCGCAGUCACUGUUGGAGCCUUCCUCUCCUCUGCCUGCUCCCUCUCCUUACACUGGUCCUACUGGAGGUCUUGCUGAGCGUCGUGAGCCUGCGUCUCGUCCCGCGUCGCCUGUUCGUGCUGCUCGCGCUAGUGGUCGCGGUUCGCGUCAGCAUCCUCCUCCUGUCCCUGGCACGCACCGGAUGUCUCUGCGUCCGUCCACUGCUCCUCUGCGUGCCCCUUUGCCUUCGCCUCCUGAGUCCUCUCUUCCUGCGCUUGCCGACCCUGAGUCGGACUCUCUUCGCGCUGCCAGUCCUACUGUCACGCGUCUGCUUGCUACUGUCGUCACUGACCCCUCUUUUGAGUCCACUGCUGCGUCUGCUCUAGUCGCUGAGCUCGUUGACUUUGCUGCUCGCUGUCGUCUCGACUACGCUGCUGGUCUUGUUGCUGAGUCUGCGUCUGUCUGUCCUCCGUCCGUCGGGGGUGAGUGUGCUCUUGGCACGGACGUCCUAGAGGACAGACAGGAGGAGUUACAGUGUCUAGCGGCUGCUUCACCUCAUCUCGCGUCUGUACUGCUUGCCCCUGAGGGAGACCCGGAUGCACUAGACAUCCCGACUCCGCGUUCUUACGCGGAGGCCGUAGAGGGUCCCUACUCCUCUCAGUGGCAGGCAGCUAUGGAUGCAGAGAUGGCUUCCUGGAAGUCCACAGGCACCUACGUUGACGCAGUUCCCCCUCCUGGGGCGAACAUCGUCAGUGGCAUGUGGAUCUUCCGGGUGAAGCGGCCGCCGGGCUCUCCACCUGUCUUCAAGGCGCGCUACGUUGCUCGUGGCUUCAGUCAGCGGCAGGGAGUUGACUACUUUCAGACCUUCUCUCCCACCCCGAAGAUGACCACUCUUCGGGUGCUGCUGCACAUAGCCGCUCAGCGCGACUACGAGCUUCACUCUCUCGACUUCAGCACUGCGUUCCUGCAGGGUAGUCUGCACGAGGAGAUCUGGCUGCGCCGACCACCUGGCUUCACUGGGACUUUCCCUCCUGGCACCCAGUGGAGCCUCCGACGGCCAGUCUACGGUCUCCGCCAGGCACCGCGUGAGUGGCACGACACACUGAGGACUACGCUUGCGGCUCUUGGGUUUGCUCCUUCUACUGCUGACCCGUCGCUGUUUCUUCGCACCGACACUUCCCUGCCGCCGUUCUACAUCCUCGUGUACGUCGACGACUUGGUCUUUGCCACAGCGGACACUGCUGGACUCGCCUACGUGAAGUCCGAGCUGCUGAAGAGACACACGUGCACAGACCUGGGUGAACUGCGCAGCUACCUUGGCUUGCAGAUCACUCGGGACAGAGCACGCCGCACCAUUACCUUGACUCAGUCACACAUGGUGCAGCAGGUCCUUCAGCGCUUCGGCUUCACGUACUCCUCGCCUCAGGCCACUCCUCUGCCUACUCGCCACUCACUCUCAGCUCUGCCUUCGGAUGAGUCCGUAGAGUCGAGUGGUCCGUAUGCAGAGCUUGUUGGCUGCCUCAUGUACCUGAUGACCUGCACACGACCUGACCUUGCAUAUCCUCUGAGCAUUCUUGCACGCUAUGUUGCUCCUGGGAGACACAGACCAGAGCACAUGGCUGCAGCGAAGAGGGUAUUGCGCUACCUGUGCAGUACGUCGGGCAUGGGGCUUGUGCUUGGAGGGCGGAGUCCAGUGGUCCUUACCGGCCACGCGGACGCUUCUUGGGCUGACGACCAGGCUACGCAGCGGUCGUCACAGGGUUACACCUUCAGCCUUGGUUCCGGCUCUGUCUCGUGGCGGUCUACUCGCUCGUCUUCGGUUCUCGGCUCCAGUUGUGAGGCUGAGAUCCACGCCGGGGCCAUGGCUGCACAGGAGCUUCGCUGGCUCACCUACCUGCUGACUGACCUUGGAGAGCCGCCUCGUUCUCCUCCAGUGCUGUACGUAGACAACAAGGCCAUGCUGGCCUUGUGUCGAGAGCAGCGCUUGGAGCACAGAACGAAGCACAUUGCUCUCCGCUACUUCCUUGCUCGUGAGCUGCAGCAGCGUGGUCAGUUGCGACUUGCGUACGUGGCCUCUGAGGCCAACACUGCUGAUGUGUUCACCAAGGCACUCGCGCCUUGUGACCAUCAGCGCUUUUGCACCCAGCUGGGUCUUGUGCCUGUCUUGCCUCACUUGCUCUCCUCUUGA